AUCGACUUUCUGUGCUGCGUGUUCCCGUUUCGAUUUUAACUCUUGCCAGACCCCCCUUUUCAUUUUAAAUAUAAAAAAACGUUUUUUGCUACCUUUCUCAAUUCAGAGUUAUUACUAAAUUUAGUAACAAUUUCAAUUAGUAUAAAUAUACAAUAACAUUAUUUUCAAUAACUUUCAAUUAGUAAUUUUCAAUUUUUGCAUUCCUAUUUGAAUAUUUGAAAAGGCGAAGGAACCCCCCCGGGGUUAUCCUUGAUCACAAGGUCAAAAACGAUAGAGGUGCAAAUAAUUUUGAAAAAUUGAAUUAAUUUUUUCCAACUACUUCUAUAGAAGUAAAAUUUGAAGAAUUUAAGAGAUUGAAAGGAGAAAGGAAGUUAGCACGAGUAAUAUUCGAAGAAGACGUGUCAAGGAAACGAGCUGAGGCGCACGGUGAGAGUCACCGGAGUGACAGCUCAACGGUCGAAAUUUUCGUACAUAAUAGAGAGUGUUGUGCUGUUUAGGAGGGUGAGAGAGGAGGAAUCGUCGAGAGAAAAAGGGAGAGAAGUCGAAUGAGAAAGAGAUAGAUAGAGGAGAGAAGCGUUUGAGGAGAAAUACGCCGAGCGGUGCUGCCCCCUUCCGAGAGUAAUCGUUGGAUCCCCCUCCAGAGCCAGUCAAACGAGGUCUGUUCUGAACAGAACGGUUUUUACCACUGAACACUUGACAUCAUACCAGAGUUUGGAGUUGUACUCACUUUUUCAUUUACUACUGAGUUGUUACUUUGUUUGAAUUCAAAGAAUCAUUAACGGUUUUUUCAAAUAACAGUUUUACGUUUCUUAUCGAAAAAAAAAAAUAAAAUUGAUUUUGACGUGUGUGUGUGAUUGUAAAAAAAAAAUUGGAGCGAGGACUUAAAAGCUGCACUCUUUGAGAACGAAUAGCGCCACGGUGUUGCGUGGACUAGUUUCGAAGAUAUCAUUGUCGUGCGAUCACGGUGCGGAAACAGAAGAGAAUUUAGGAGGGUGAGGUGAGGAAUUUCUCGCGUGGUUGUCCGGUGUGUUAGUUGGGGGGAGCGUAAGGACAGAGAGAUAAAGAGCGACGGUGACGGGGGGAGUUCAAAGGGGGCAUCGAGAAAGAGAGAGAGAGAGAAAGAUAGAAAGAGCGCUCUAGUGGACUCUGUUUGAAGCUCAGUUAUCACAAUGGCUUCCGUGAAAGACACCGCGACUUUCUUUGCGGAGGGCACUGCAAAUCAAUUUGAGCACGUCCUUAAAUUAUAUCCCCAGGCUCUGCGAGUCAAGGCAAUCCACAAGACGAAGAAACCUGAGGAGCUGAUCAAGCUGGACAAUUGGUACCAAAAUGAGUUGCCUAAGCAGAUUAAAGCUCGUGGCAAAGAUGCCCAUCUUAUUCAUGAGGAACUCGUACAAACAAUGAAAUGGAAACAAAAUCGCGGGAAAUUUUACCCACAACUUUCGUACCUGGUGAAGGUAAAUACGCCUCGAGCUGUGAUGGCAGAGACGAAGAAGGCGUUCAAAAAGCUUCCAAAUCUCGAGCAGGCCAUCACUGCCCUCUCAAAUCUCAAGGGCGUUGGCACCACCAUGGCUUCAGCACUCCUGGCGGCGGCCGCACCUGAAUCUGCACCUUUCAUGGCCGACGAGUGUCUUAAGGCUAUACCCGAGAUCGAGGGUAUCGACUACACGACCAAGGAAUACCUUAAAUUUGUUCAACACAUCAAGAGUACCGUGCAAAGGCUCAACAAAGAAGCAUCAAACGGCACGACUUGGAGUCCUCAUAGAGUGGAAUUGGCCCUCUGGACGCACUAUGUUGCUUCUGAAUUGAAACCCGAAUUACUCGACGGAAUUCCGGUAACGGCCGAAAACGGAAAUUCCCAUUCGCCAACUAAUGGCGAAGCAACCGAGCCGUCCGAUGACAGCAACCAAGACACGCCAGCCGUCGUUGUUAAUGGCAAAGAAUCGUCAGAGCCACAUCACACAAAUGUCAUUGACGAGAACAGCACCACAAAUUCCUUCACCGAGGACUCGAUGGACAAGCCGACAACUCCCUUAGUCGCCACUGAAGACGAUGACAGCAAUAAUACUCCACGUCCCACGGACAGCGAAGACACUGAAGAUUCGCAGGACGUUCAGGAGCCACCGGCGAAAAAGAACAAGAAGUGACCCCGCAGCCGAUCCCCCAUUAAUACUGUAAGUCACCUCGUGUCGACCGCCAAUCUCGCGCUAAUCGCUGCUAGACGCUUCUAGCCGCUCGAAUUCGCGAAUUUAUAACUUAAUGAGCCACCUUUCUAUAAAAAUCGCUCUUCCGUCUGCUUGUCUCAUUCUCAAAAAGGACACACGGGUCCAGGACCAAGAGGAGACAGACUCAAUUAUCAAGACUACUACUCGCGACACUGGUGCUAAACUCUAUCGUUUUUAUUUUUUUCUCUUACACCAAUAUUCACGGUUCGCGAUUAUUUUGCACACACUCACUAAGGAAAAAUCUACAAUCGAGGUGAUACUUGCUUUCAAAUGGCGUCUUCACUUGGAAAGUUUUGACGCGAUAAUUGUACAUUUAAAUUAAACUUGAUAAAAUUGUGUAAAAUUGAAUGAAAUUAAUUUAAAUUGAAUAAAAUUAAAUUGAAUUAAGUUGAAUUAAAUUGAACUGGAUUGAUUUGAAUUCACUUAAAUUAAAUUGAACUGAAUUCACUUGAAUUAAAUCGUAGUGAAUUGAUUUGAAUUGAACCGAAUUGAUUUCAGGGUGUCUAGUAAUUUAGAAAUAUAAAAUUCCCGGGGUUUUCCCG